AUGAAAAUCAUUAACAGCAUUCUCCUCCUGUGUGGCCUUGCAUUCUUCGUCAUCUUUAUGUCUCUGUUGGAACCCCAGAACUUGCUGGCCACCGAAUUCGACGUUCGAGUCAUCAACGGCUUCACAAACAACUCGUCCCUGCCACUGGUCAUCUGGUGUUCGUCUAAAGAGAAUGAUCUCGGUGGACGUGCGCUUCAGGAGAAGGAUGACUUCAGUUGGAGGCUGAGGACUAACAUCUGGGGCUCGACUAACCAUUUCGUGUGCACGAUGAAAUGGGAUGCAAGGCGAAGGCGCUUCGACGCCUUCAAGAUUCCGAGAGAUGUUCAACGGUGUGGCCCUUUCCGGAAGUGCUCAUGGCUGGUGAGGGAGGAUGGGUUUUAUUUCAGCAGCGAUGAAGUAAACUGGAAAAAGGACUUUUCAUGGUAGUAAUUAAAUUUUGAAUGGCGA